CCCCGCGGGGCAGAGCGCUGGUCCCGCGCCGAGCAUCGCCCUCGCUCCGUCCGCAGCCGCUUGUCUCCCACCACUGCAGCCAUGGCAAACAAAGGCCCAGCCUAUGGCAUGAGCAGGGAUGUGCAGUCCAAGAUUGAGAAGAAGUACGAUGAUGAGCUGGAGGACCGGCUGGUGGAGUGGAUCGUGGCGCAGUGCGGGUCCUCCGUGGGUCGCCCCGAGCGGGGCCGCCUGGGCUUCCAGGUCUGGCUGAAGAACGGCAUCGUGCUCAGCAGGCUGGUGAACAGCCUCUACCCCGACGGCUCCAAGCCCGUCAAGAUCCCCGACGCACCGCCCACCAUGGUCUUCAAGCAGAUGGAGCAGAUCGCCCAGUUCCUGAAGGCGGCCGAGGACUACGGUGUGACCAAGACAGACAUGUUCCAGACCGUCGACCUCUUUGAAGCCAAGGACAUGGCGGCGGUGCAGAGGACGCUGAUGGCCCUGGGGAGCCUGGCGAUCACCAAGAACGACGGGCACUACCACGGGGACCCCAACUGGUUCAUGAAGAAGGCGCAGGAGCACAAGCGGGAGUUCACCGAGAGCCAGCUGAAGGAGGGCAAGAACAUCAUCGGGCUACAGAUGGGGACCAACAAGGGAGCGUCACAGGCGGGGAUGAGCUACGGCCGGCCCCGGCAGAUCAUCAGCUAGGCACCCCCCCGCCGCCCCCAGCCCUCCCCAGCCGGGACCUCCGUCUCCGCUUCCCCCCGGCCCAGCGCCGCAGCCGCCCGAGCGUCGGCGGCCGCCACCAGCCCCGCACCGAUUGGUAUUUAUUGAGGAGCAAACGCCCCCAAACGCCAGCCAACAACGCCCCAACGCCAGCGGCUGCACGCGCCCCGCAGAGCCCCCCGCCCCGGGGCCGCAGCCCCCGCGCCCAGCCCCGGGCAGCCUCUGCCCCCCUGGCCUCGCACCCCCCGCCAGCCGGUCCUGCCCCUGCCGGCACCCACGGGUGUCCCACGGGCGGGAUGGGCACGUGCCCCAGCCCACGGGGUGGCCCCCCCUGCCCGCAGCCCCCCCACGAGCCCCGCGCCACUGCCGCAGAGAUCCCUGCGAACGGGGAGAAAGAGAGAAUUGGGCCUCGGUUUUGUACUUGGUUUUUGUCGAAAUUAAAAGGUUAUAUUCAUCUA